CUAACACACACAACCCUCUCUCUCUAACACACACAACGCUCCCUCUCUCUCUCGCACAACACACACCACGCUCCCCCUACCUCUCACAACACAGACAACGCUCUCACACAACACACACACAACGCUUACUCGCCGCUUGCUGCUACAACAGAAGCAGGAGGUCAGAGAUGAGCAGGUGGUGACGUUGUGGGGGGGAUUGGGGGUGAAGAUGUAGAAGGAGAUUUUCUGAAGGUGUCGGUGCCGUCCCGUCGGAAAGGCGGCUCAACGGAGCUCCGUUUCGCAUCAGCAUCAUCAGCAGCAGCGGCGGCGGCAUCAGUGCCAUCAGCAACAGCAGAAGCAGCAACAUCAGCAGCAUCAUCAUCGUCUUCGCGAUGUGACGACGACCAGGAGGACAACGAUGCCUCCUUCUCUCACCCAGCGCUGCGUGGCGGCGGGCUCGCCCCGGGUGCCGCGGGGCUCUGCUCGCUCGGGCCGCCCGACGGGGGUCUGCCGGCACGUCCCGGCCCUUUAGCGUUGGAGUCGCCACCGCCACAACCACCACCACCACAACUAUCGCAGCCACCACCAGCAGCAGCAGCACCGCCAUCUCGUCUCCAGCCCGACCCCGUCGCUGCCCAUGGACGAGGCUGCUCCCCCGGGCGUGAGCUCGCAAGCCCUGAGGGAGCUGGAGGGCCGCCUCGGCCGCCGCAUGCCCGAAAGCCUCGCGCGGUGCCUGCCGCGGGGGGAAGAGGCUCCGACGAGCAAUCGUGCCGCGCCCGGAGAUCGCGAGCCGCCCCGCAGGGACCCCCUCGCGCCCGAGGAGCGGGGACCCCGCAGGGACCCCCUCGGAGCAGGGCUGCCGGGCACCUCGCCCGGCCGCCUGGAUGAGCUGAUCGCCACCCUGCGAGCAGACAUGACCGGCCUCCGCGUGCUCGACUCGCGAAUCCUGACGCAGCUGCUGGCGGCGAACGAGGGACUGGAGGCGCUGCGGUGGCUGCUGGAGGAGCGCGCGGGCCUGUGCGAGGAGGCCAGCAGCCAGUUCAGCGGCAGCCUCUACAGCCUGCCCGACGAGAGCCAGGAGUCGGGCUCGCCGCGCGACAGCUGGGCUUGCCAGCCGGGCUCCGACCUCGCCGACAACCUGGACCGCAUCUCCGUGGGCAGCCUGCUCGACGCGCUGGCGGACGACAGUUCGUGCGAGAUGAGCUUCGGCUCGGGCGAGCAGGCGCAGUGGCGCGACGCCUUUCAGCAGGGGCAGAGGGCGAGUGCCGUGGACGAGCUGAGCAAGGCGCCGGCGGCGGGGCAGCCGGGAGGCGGAGGUUUCUUGUGCAACGGGGACCUGGUGACGGACGCUCGCCCUGGCGUGGUGCGAAGCGACUCCCUCGCACAGUCCGACGGGGCCGCGUGGCCCAAGGCCAUAGACACCAACUUCAACAUUAGGGACUACCGAGUGGUUGGCCUGAAAUGCAAUGGAAAUGUGCACUCGUGAAAAAAUAUAAACUGGGCCGUGAAAAUGUGCCGCAGCAUUGCGGGAUUUUUUUCUCUUCUCAUUUCAAUGGGACUGUGCUUGCGGUGGAAGUGGGACCGGUGGUAUUGGUGGCAUUUACACGUUUGACGGCGUGUGCGACCUGCACCCAAAUGCGGAGGGCGGGCGGCAGCCAGGAUUAUUCAGCGGCAGCAGCGAAUCGCGUUGUCCUCACGUCGGAAUAAACCCCCCCCCCCCCCCCCCCCCCCCUUGCCGUGUAGUUAACCCUGCUCAUCACUCGUGCGGCCCCCGCCUGUCUCGGAUACAUAUUAACGAUUAAAUGUCCUCCCCUCGCUCACCAUCAGCUUUACGUGGGCUGCACCAUCCCCCACUUCCCCUCCCCGCAACCAAGGACCUGCAGGUAAAAGAUACCGCCCCCCCCCCCGACCCCCUCGUAUGAGAAGCGGUCGUUCCCCGGUAUCGGCGGAGCCCAUUGCAGAGUCCCCCUGCGCUGCUGCCACUGCCGCCGCGGUUCCAAAGCAAAGUGCUGCACUCUCUCUCUCUCCACUGUCACCACGUCCGGCCGGCACGAGCCCGGCAUGGGAAAGGCGAUGACGUGCGGGAGGGGCCCCUCGGCCCGAGAAGCCGGCCGGCCACUCUGCCCGCACGAUGCCUGCAUGCCUCCCCGCGCACGGCAAAAUUCCUGACCGUUCCCAGCGACGCUUCCGGUUUAUCGCCGGCGUGUUUUUUUUUGUUUGUCGUCAGCGAUGCUGCUGCUGUACAUUUAACUUGCCUAACAUUGAAUUAAAAAUACGAAAUGCUGAGUAAAUAAAUAAAAUACAGAAUUAAAAUUAUCCUCAUGCAUUGCUAUGUUUAUGCUUCCACUCAAUUAAGAGAUGUUCACGUGCUAUACCUGCCAUUGUUCGCAAUUAUGUGAAUUAACCUUAAUAGUACGGUUGUAGCGACAUGUAAAUGUAUAAUGGUUUGGGAUAAUUGAGGCUGACUGGCAGUCGGAUAAAUCACACCUCGUUCUCGCAUUAACGCGGUGAAAAUUACUUUUAACAACCUCCCCACGUACGUGCAACACCCUCGUGUCUAUUCCAAGCAUGUUCCUCCCACGUCUGGUUUACAGAGCAGUGCGGGGUUUAGCGACUUGCUUCAGAGCUGAUGCUAUCUUCCCUGCACAAUGGGAUCCACCGAACCUCGAAGCAAAAACUUAUCAUGAGAUCUACCACCGGCUGCACGUGCCUUGCAUAACACACAUUGCGUGCAUGCCGCACAUACUUGCGUACGUUGGCGACACGUGCAAAUACAUACACAUACCGGGGAGAAAUUGUUUCAAAGUGGUGGGCAGUAAAAACAUUUAGUUAUUCUCCACCAACCCACCCUAGUUUUAUUUGAAAUGUGUUACCUGCAAUUGUGAACGCUCGCAGAGCAUUGCUCCGUGGUAACAAACGGCCUGUGGAAGUCGAUAUUGGAGAACUACUUCUGAGAGCCUUUCUUUAAGGAGUCCUCUGAUCUACACUGCAGCCCACCCCCCACUUUCCCACAUGCACCGCUGCAGAGAUGUUCAUCACAUGUUGGUCAAACAAAAGUUUUAUUUUAUUUCUUAUUUCAGAGGGUUUUUAAAAAAAUAUAUAACUUAAAAUAAUGCGCAACAUUUAACAACGAUGGUUUUCUCUCUGCAGUCAUCGGUGACUGGGCAUGCUGAGGCCAUGGGCUCGCUACACUCGAGAACCCGGUUUAAUGGCAAGGUGGGCUUAAAACCUGGAUUCGACCCCAGGAUUCUCAGCGUCUCUGACCUCAGACACCCGGCCACCUCUAGGGGCACAAUUAACAGAGCGGUCUGCUGCCCGUCAAGCCAAAGCCACCUCGUUGACAACAGCGGCGCAGCCCGCGCGUGUGUGGUGUAACUGUUUAUUGACCGCAAGCAAGGGGAACAUGAACAUACAUCGUCGUCAGUGGAUUCCAGCACCUGCAGUUAUUACACGUCACUGUGAUGGCAAUACGCAAUGCGACGUUUGCUCAGAAACAUUACAAAAAGGAUGUCACAGGUUUCCGCAUGAGUAAACUCAUGUUUUUUAGGCUUAAGCAGUUUUUUUAAAUAUCGGUAAACACAAGGUAAACACGAACGCAUUAUCACGUCAGAUUACAUUUACUACUGCGUAGGGUUUUGUGCUGCAUAGCUCUCAAAUGCGUUCUCGGGUUUCUGCCGCGUCGGACACCAAGCCGAACGACCAACAGUUGUGACCCAAAAGCACACCGGAGAGCUUGCGAGUCACUUGCGCGGAACCAAACGAGUUCCCAAAUGCACGAAAUGGCGAGCAAGACAAAAGGCGUUAAUUCAGAGCUUCGUCGGCCUUCACCAUCUGACAGGACCACUCGAUUUCUAUAGCCGCGCAAUAUUUUUUUGAUUUUUUUGUUGUUGCAAAGAUAAGAUACGUGGGCGGCAACGA